AUGGGCCCCAAAGUCUCCAUAGUGUUAGCAGCAAGGAAGCUGUUGUUGAAGAUGUGUCAUCAGAUAGCUCUUGGAAUGGUGUAUCUUGCAGAGCACAAGUUCGUCCAUCGAGACCUAGCUGCCAGGAACUGCAUGUUGGAUUCAAAUGGUGACCUUAAAGUUGGUGAUUUUGGUCUGGCCGAGGACAUGUAUACGCAAGGAUACUUCAGACAGGGUCAAACUGAGGGAGUCAAACUGCCGUACAAAUGGUUAGCAGUGGAGAGUCUAAAUGAUGCCAUCUUCAACGAGAAGACUGACGUGGUAAGUUUAAAUUGUCUUUUAAAUUAG